AUGCGUUUUUCUACUGCUUUAGGUGCUGCCAUUUCUCUAGCUGUUUUGUCCACUGAGGUUGUUGCUACUCCACCAGCAUGUUUGUUGGCUUGUGUUGCUCAAGUGGCCAAGAAGUCUCAAUGUAAUAGCAUGGAAGACAUUUCCUGUUUGUGCUCAACCAAGGGCUCUGAUUUGAGCUCUUGUUUGGACUCUUCCUGUCCAAGUGGUGAUGCUGAUAGUGCAAAGAGUGCUUUGCAAUCUACAUGCAAAGCUCAAGGUGCUUCAUUGAAGGAAAACUCUUCUUCUUCUGCAUCUUCCUCUGCCACCUCUUCAUCUGCAUCUUCAUCUGCUACCUCUUCCUCUGCAUCCUCUUCUGCUGCUCCAUCCUCUUCUGCUGCUCCAUCCUCUUCUGCUGCUCCAUCCACUUCUGCUGCUCCAUCUUCUUCCGCAGCCCCAUCAUCUUCUGCUGCUCCAUCUUCUUCCGCUGCUCCAUCUUCUUCUGCUGCUCCAACAUCUUCUGCUGCUCCAUCCUCUUCCGCUGCUCCAACAUCUUCUGCCGCUGCUUCUUCCACUUUGGAAACUUCGCAAGCUCCAGUUGUCUCCAGCUCUUCCACUGCCGUUCACCAAAUUUCUUCCGAUGGUGCUAAUGCUUUGUUGCUAGGAAACAGCGUUUUCGGUGGUUUGGCUUUAGCAGGUCUAUUGUUAUAA